UGCUGGACCCGGCACCACUGCAUUCUGCUUCAUGUGAAAAGCUGUUAAAUGUGGAGAUAAACGCUUCUGCAUGAAGAAAGAAACGACCCAAGCACAUUGUUCGCGGGGAAUUAUUACUAUGCGGGUCCCCGUCGGUCCGUUCUGCUGCCAGUCGUUGUUUCAGACCGGACGUAUUUCUGUAGCGACACAGCCACCAUGGACGCUGAAUCUCAGCGAGUUUUGAAGUAUUUGACAGAAGUUGAGGAGGCAGCUGAAGAUGUUCUCGCCACUAAACAACAGAUCGUGGACCUGGACACAAAGAGAAACAGGAACAGAGAGGCAUUGAACGCACUGAAAAAUGAAAUGCCAGAUUCAGAGAAAGUGAAGGUUUGCUUCGGAAACAUGUUCAUCAAAAUUCCCAAAGCGAAGACGAGAGAGAUGAUUCAGAAAGACCAAGAGCAGCUGGACAAGGAGAUAAAUGACCUUCGCAAAGGACUGAAAGCAAAAGUCAAUCAUCUCAAUGAGAUGCAAGGAAACCCUGAGCUGAGAGGCUACAGUCUUUCUCCUCUGUCCUCUGAUGAAAUCAGAUCUAUUAACAGCCUUUUAAAGAGAUGACAUCAGAUCUGCAAAUCGUGGAAUAUUUCUGAGGACACAAGGACGAAGAGAGAACGUUGAUAAGAUGGCAACUCUAAUGUGCUAACCUCGGAAUGAGCUGAUGACUCUAAAUUAUUCUCCUGGAUGAUCGACAGUAUGGAUGUAAUUGACAUCUUCAUAACCUGUUUUUAGGACUUUUUUUUUAAUUCAUGUCAAUCUAGGUCUUAAAUCUGCAAACAACAAAUUUAAGACAGAAACUGCAUUCACUCAUUCCUUUUCCCUCUCAGUUGUUCAAGCUUCACUCCUACCAUUUUCAGCCAUCUUGAUGAGCUGUCUGCUUUAAAACAGCUUCUUACCAGACACAGUGGUGACCUGCAUUUGUAAAACCAUCACAGGUGUUGAAAAAGCAGUUCUUGUUUUUAACUGUUCCAACCAUAGCUGAUGCUGUUGCAUUUGUGCUCUGUAGUCGCUGGCUGCAGCUUGAUAGCGUUAUAACAAGCUUACUGCUAGCCACACCCACAGCAAGUGUUGUUCUCAACAUUUCAGCUAAUCGACCUGAAAAGCAAAUGUCAGGCUCACUCUAAAAAAUAUGGAAAGAUAACUGUAGUUCAUUGCAAAUUGAGUUUGAUUUUUGUAACUCCAGCCAUCAGCUUAAUCAGUUAUGAGAACACUGUACUAAUUAAAGUACCUGCUGACAUCUGUCAGUGUGGAAGCAUCUGUGUUAAAAAGUGUCUAGCAGGAGAAAACACAAGCCAUCCUUGGCACAGGUUGUAAACAAGCAGACAGUUUUGCCAGAUUAGCUUCCACUUUAUUCAGUAGGAAAGCUGCACAUAUCCACUGCACUGUCAGGGAUGAGGCAGGAAAUUAGUAAGGACAUAGGGAUGGUUGUUACAGCACACAAUUUUCAUAAUCUGAGGACUGUUUGAUAUGAGCUCCAGUGUGUAGUUGGUGAAUGGCCACAAGGGGGCAGUGCAGUGCAAAUGCACAGAAGAAGGACAGAGCCUUGUUUGAAUUCCUGCCUCUAUGGCCUCACUAGCAGUCUUGAAAUGCCCUGAUAUUAAUGCAGCACUGCUUUGUAAUAAGCUAUGUAAUACACACCAGAAACUUCUUAAUCUUUGCAGAUGACCAGUGUGUUUGCCAGGUCAUAAUGGACAAUGUUUGUUUCAUAUUGUGGCUUUUUUUGGGUUGGAUCUUUUGUCCUUACAAUCUUUUCUAUGAAUAAAUGCAUUGGAUA